CGUUAGUUGGUUAUUCCACUGACAAAUUCUGUCGAGAAUCGAGAUGAUAGAUGAUGGAUGGAUGCCAUAUGGUUGCCUUUUGAGGCUCGUGGGUUUUCAACGGUGUAUAAAUAUGACUUUUUACCUGAGUAGAUAUGUAUACCCAAACCAGAUAAUCAUAAUCAUAAUGUCUACUAUAUCAACUCCCUGGAGUACCACCAAAACCUCAUCCUCAAACACCACCGCCGCCACCACUUCUACAUCCAACUGCCGCAGCAGUAACACAAACACAUCCGAACCUCCUGAGUCAAAAUCAAAAUUAGCAUCAACGACUACAUAUGCCAUGCAGCAAUUCCGCGACUGUGCGCCCUCUGACGAUCCUUAUUAUGCGGAUGUACGAGUCUCGGGGCGAGAGAGUCACACGAGGCGGUUGGAGAGGGGGAUGGAGGAGGUGGAGAGGUUGUUUUGUUGAUUUUGUUGGUUUUUUGUUUUGAUGGUGUUGGUUGAUACCCGAUAUUAUGUUUAAGAUCUGAUUGAUCGAUGAUUAUACUAUUUAUAUAGUGUGCCCGGAGAUGUCCUCCGUAUGGGAAUAAACUACACUCAACCAAGGAAUGAAACCGUUCCUGACAGAUGAAACAUUCCAACAUGUUUGAUAGAUGGACACACAUUCCUGUUGAUAAGUUUUAAUCCAACCUGAAUAAAUGCACUGGGAAAGGGGUUUUAUAGAGUGACACGGUGUGACUGUCCUUGUUUUAAUUAUUGAGGCUAUUCAGCACUGCAUCUGUAGUGGCGGAUAGGGCCGCCGGCUGUGCGACCUCAUCUGUCAAAUUGACCAGGGUGGGAG